AACGUCUGUCAAUUCUGACACGUCCCUCUUUUUCAUCGAAUCAUACAAAAGCAGACGCUCUCGAAGAACGAUCACGUUUGUGCGAAAUUGUGCGCUAAUUUCCCUCCGCUUCAAGUGCGAGUGCGUUCGUGUGGUGAAAAACAAACACAAGAGUCGCGCCUUUCCAGCAGCACACUGUGUGUACAAUCGUUCGCUCUGUCCUGUUCUGACAAGAAAAAAAACCGGCGGGAAUUCGACAGAAACCCAAACACAAGCCCACCAUCAGCAAAAGCUAAUUCGGUCGUGUGGUUGCUGGUACGCGGAAAAGCCAUCGCCUAUUGUUGUUGCGGUGUCGUAAGCGGAACGCGCUAACCUACACCGCGCUCUUGGUGACGGAGACACCCGUAGAAGGCGUACGGCGUAGGUCGCAACUAUAUCGGUGUGUUGGUGUGUGUGCGUGCGCGUAUGCUGUUUGUAACACCGCGGUCGAGCGUGAGUGUGUACGCGAUUGUUCAAGCACGGCUUCCGUUUGGUAAGCGAAAAUCAUCAUCAGCAAGCCAUUUGGCGUGUGGUGUGCGCGAUUCACAGUCCCACAGCCGAGAGAGAGAGAGAGAGUGAGGGAGAUAGAGAGCGAGAGUGGUUUGGAAGAAGCGGAGAAUAAUCGACGGUGAAAAUGUCCGAAUCUAAAGCAGCGGAAAAUGCAAAGCCGAUGGAGGUGGAGGCGGACGCGCCAUCAGAUAUGAAAUCGCCGACAAAGCGCACACCGAAGAGGAAAGCGGUGGAAGCGUUUCAAAAGGAAAGCGAAGAGCUGCUGAAAUCACUCGGCGUUUCGGUCGAUCUCGAGGAUGGACGGCGCCGCACACGAUCCAGUGCACGCGGAGCAACGCCAACGACAGCAGCAGUCACUGCAACGCCACCGUCCAAGCGAGCACGCGGCGCAUCGACCACACCGAAGCGCACCGAAAAGUCGGCAGAAGCAGAAGCAACACCUAGCAAGCAGCAGUCUCCGAGCUCGAAAUCGUCCACCCCGAAGAAGCGUGCGAUCCAGGCCGAACCAAGGAAGCUGGUAGUGCUGGUAGACUCGGAACUGCCCAAGGAGUACACCCGCGAAAGGAUGGCGGCAAAGACGGAGAAAAUGGACACCACCACCACUGCCACGGAGGCUGUAGCUAAGUCGGAUAGUGUGGAGAUGAAGAAGGAGCAGGAGGAGGAGGAGAAGAAGGCAGCUACUACCGAACCAGCGGAGAAGGUAGAAGAGAAGAAGGAGGAAUUGGCGACUAGUACGGAAGAGAAGCAAGAUGAAGUUGAAGAAACCAAGGAAACUCCCGACACUGAGAAUAAAGAGGAAGCAAAGGAGGAGGAUAAAGAAAGGAAGGAAGAGGAGGAGGUGACUGUGGCGAAGGAUGCGGAUGCUGCCGCCCCAGCAAGCGAUGCACCAGCGAAGGAAGAAACGUCCCAAGACAAACCACCGGCUGAAGAAAAGGCUAUGGAAGUUGAUACUCAGGACGGAGGUAAAGCUGCGGAGGCGGUAAACGACACGCACCCAAAGACGGAAAGCGCGGCGGAAGCACAAUCUAACGAGAAGGAAACAAAGGAUGUAGUAAUGGAGGAUGUGUCGGUGCAGGAAGUGGGGAAAGUUUCAGAGAAGGAAGUGGAGAAAGUGGUAGAAAAGGAAGUGGAGAAGGAACAAGAGAAGGUGACCGAGAAGGAACAAGAGAAGGUGGUAGAAAAGGAGGUAGAGAAGGAGGUCGAGAAGGAUGCCGAGAAAGAGGCACAGAAGGUUGAGAUUGAAAGUAAUGGAAGUGUAGUCGACGCUACCGUUGAUACUACAACUCCCAAGAAGGAAGUUAGCGAGCCAGCAGCUGCUGCUACUGCUGGUGGAGUAAAUUCGGCUGAAUCGGCAAACCAUGAAAAUGCAAAGGAAAGCACACCGAAGAAGGCGUCUGACGAUGAGGUGACAGAAACUGUCGAUGCGUCGAAGGCGCCCGCUGAAUCGAACGAGAAAGUGACAAACCCUGAGCCAAAGGUGAAUGAGGAUGUCGCCGCUCCUGCCAUCGGCCCGGAUACAGAGCAGAAGCAAACGGAGACGAAGGAUGUGACGGCGAACAACAUCACAACAAAAGACGUGGAUGUGGAAAAAGUAAAAGCCAGCAAUGAGCCAGUAAUAGAAAAGGAUGGUGUCGUGGCCAGCAACUAGAUACCGCUCGAACUGGGGUUGCUUGUUCUUCUCUCCCAAUGGCUCUGAACGACGACGAUGACGGCGGCGAUGGACAUGUACGAGGCGUGUUAAAAUUAAUUUACGAACCGAAGAAAAUAGGUUUGCAUUUUACUAGUUAGUACACACAGAAUUUGACGGCUUGUUUUAAAAUAGUAGUUGGUUAACACUAUAAAGAGUGUCACCUGUCUCGGUGACCCAGCAGUACUUUCCUCCUUGUUUUCCCCGUUGGUUUUGCCUUUUAUUCGAUCUAUUAAUAAUUUUCUUCAAUUUUAAAUUUGAUCUCUUUUUGAUACGAAAUGAGGGGUGAAAUGAUUCUUUUUUCUUCUUUUCUGGACAAAAUGGAAAAACAAUCAACCAACAUAGAUGAUAAAAAUUCAUACGAUUGUUGGCAGCCACUUUGGUAAGGUUUAGAGAAGGGUGUAUAAAUUUAGUACCCGGUAGGAUCGUUCUCCGAGUUUGGUACACUUACUUUCAUCGACACAUGAAAGCUAAUUAGACAGCGAGAGCGAGAGAGUGAAAUACAUAUUUUUAAAUUUAAAAAAAUAUAUAACAUCAUGCAGAUAUGGAGAA